AUGUUUUACACUCCGCCCACAAAAUCUGAUUGGAAAUCAGAAACGGCAAUCACGCAUUCUUAUGAUACUAAUUCAGGGUUUACGAGUAACUCCAACUCCGAUUUAGAAAGCCAGGACGUGACAAUCGAUACACAGGACACAAAGGAUGCAGAGAGUGAAUAUUCUGCUAUUGAAUACCAUGAUAAUUUAGAAGCUAUUGACAAGCACCUUGGAUCAACAAACAAAAAUUGCGAUAAUACGAGUACAAUACAGGAUGACAGUUCCUCGUAUAUUGAAAGUUUUGAGAUACCAACAGAAUCUGACUUGCCAGUCCCCUUAUUAAAGGUUUAUGAGAAAUGCCUAAAGGAAUUAAAGGAACCUAAAUUUGAGAGGUCCCUAGCUAGUUUUGAAAUUGCCGAGCUAUUCCAAAGCUUUUACAGAACAUUUCAACUUGAAUGUAAGAAUUAUUUAACCAACGAUGGUAAAUAUGAAAUGAAGGAAAUGAAUCAAGACUCUGAGUAUCAAUACUAUAGGUUGAAUCUUACGUUUGAGCGUCUACUUUGUGACAAGUUCUAUAAUCAAAUAGUUUUUCCUUUGAAGGGUAUACCAGUUGACGAAUUUGAGAAAGAUUUCAAUGAUGAAUUUAGUGACAAGUUGGGAUGCUUAAGUUAUCUUGACAUUCAUUUCCGAAAUUUAGAUAUAGAGCUAGACCCAGGAUUGGAGAAUAAGUUUCUCCAGUUAUUGGAAGAAAAGAUCUUACCAGAAUUUGAGUUAUUUAGUGCCGAAAGGUCUCCAACCUUAAAGAUGAAAUAUCUCAUAAAAAUACAUAAAAAGUUGAGUCAGAUCCUCUCAGAUAUAACUGAAGGGAAGGGUAACAUUCUUAAUACUGAUAUGUAUUUACCAAUUCUAAUUUUCUCAAUGAUCAAACUGAAAGAGCUUCGUGCUUAUUUCCUGGUUUCUCAAAUGAUUACAAUAAAACGCUUUGCAAAUGAGUUUAUAUUUGAUAAUUCAAUAGAAAAGUUACAAAUCGAAAAGGGUAAGUUGCUAUAUGUGUUUGCAAAUUUUGAAGCAGCAAUUUCAUAUAUAUCUUCAGUUACAUUAGAAAACCUCGGCAUACCGGUUCCAUCUCCACACUGGGAUCUAUUACCCGGCAGUUUGAAAAGUAGGGGCGAGUUGUUGACACUACUUUCUGUCCCAUUAAAUUUGGAUUCAUUAGAGAAGAAAGUUCUUGAGUUCAAAGAGAAAAACCCAUUAAUCAUUGGUGCAUCUCCAACCAAUGAGAAUCAAAAUCAGUCUUUGUUUGCAAACCCCCUUAAUGCAUGGCUGGAAUAUCCUAAAGUUGGAAUCACAGAUCAAAAUAUAAAAAGUAUAAGUGAUUCUAUAGAUGCAGGCCUACGAAAUUUAGUUGGUAGGGUUUCGUGGCUUAGUUCAUCUAAUUUGGAUGUUACAGGAAGGGAGGCUCCAACAGUUGAGGAAAAAUCAAAUCAAGAUAAGAAGACGCUCUUAUCCGAAACGUUACUCAAACAAAUCCAGGAGAACGAUGCGUAUAUUGCAAAGAUAGAUGUGAAAAAGAACGACGCCGAAUUAAUUACAAGCCAGACAAAUAUAAAGGACGCCCCAAAGGCCAAAUACAACAUUGGAAUGGGUGGUAUAAGAGUAUCGGCAAAGCCAACAGGUGAUUCCAAUUCAAUGUUAACCGCAACAUCGUCCUCUUCCUUGAAUAAGCUGAAUGACUUCUCAAAGGAGAACACCACCAGUAGUCAAAAUCUAGAGAGGAGUUUCAGCGCUGGCAACAUUACACCUUUAUCGCCGGCAUCCAACAAACCUUUGAAUAGGGCAAAUGCAAUCAUUAGAAGUCGUGCCACUAGUUUUAUCAACUCUACAAUAUUUUCAGUUAAUUCCGCCAGUGGUGACCCCUCUACUAAUAUCUCCAACUCUCCAACCAAGGAACACCUCUCAUCCAUUUUCUCGUCUCUAGAAAACGCAUUAGAUAAUGUCCGAAACAGAAGCAGAGGGAAUUCGUCUGCUACAACAGGCAUGAACAGCGUGUAUCCUAAUAAUAGUAAUCUAAACUCUAUAGGGGGAGAUGCAAAUACAGCCAACACUAUUAAAUCCUUAGAGAAUCUUCUACAGCCAUUAAAAACACCUUUCGAGGCCAUGACCAUCGAGGACCUCCAGAAUAUGUAUGCUACUUAUCAGACAGCAGCUAAUGUUCUACAUUCCUCAUGA